AUGCGCGUAUCCACUCUUUCAUCGUCGGCGGCGUAUUUGCUGUCCCUCGCUGCCUUUGUCGUGGCUGAUGCAGCCUCUGAUGUUCUUUCUCUCAAGGCUGCCGACUUUGAAGCUGCAGUUGCGGCUGAGCCUCUGAUACUCGUCGAGUUCUUUGCACCAUGGUGUGGUCAUUGCAAGGCUUUAGCCCCCCAUUACGAGGAAGCCGCCACGGCCCUCAAGGAAAAGAAUAUCAAGCUCGCUAAAGUCGACUGUGUCGAUGAGGCUGAUCUGUGUCAAUCAAAAGGAAUUCAAGGUUACCCAACUUUGAAGAUUUACCGGUCAGGUCAGGCGACUGAGUACGCUGGUCCCAGAAAGGCGGACGGCAUCAUCAGUUAUAUGGUCAAACAAUCCCUUCCUGCUGUUUCAGAAGUCUCCUCGUCAAAUUACGCUGAAUUCCAAAAGGCGGAUAAAGUCGUCGCCAUUGCAUAUCUUACUUCAACGACCGACGCACCGGCACCCGAGUUUAGCAUCACUGCCGAAGCUCACCGCGACGACUACCUUUUCGGCAUUUCAACUGACCAGGAUGCAAUUGCCGCUGCUGGAGUGACACCUCCCGCCAUUGUCGUCUAUCGUAGCUUUGACGAGCCCAAAUCGGAGUACCCUUAUCCUAUCUCUUCAGUCACCUCCAAGGACUUGGAAGAUUGGAUUCAGGAGCUCUCCAUUCCCGUUAUUGAUGAAGUUAGCAGCGAAAAUUACGCUGUUUACGCAGGUAGUGGGAAACCUCUUGCCUACCUCUUCCUCGAUCCCACCAGCGACGGCAAGGACGCCCAUAUUGCUGCCAUCAGACCUGUAGCCCAAAAAUACAAGUCGAAAGUCAAUUUCGUCUGGAUUGACGCCCUCAAGUUCGCUGACCAUGCCAAAGCCCUAAACCUUUUGGAGCCCAAAUGGCCCGCCUUCGUUGUCCAAAACCUUGAACACCAACAUAAAUAUCCAUUUGACCAGGCCCAAGAAGUUACACCUGCCGCUGCUGCUGACUGGGUAGAGCAAUAUCUCGCAGGCAAACUCCAACCUGAACUCAAGAGUGCACCAAUCCCCGAGACCCAAGAUGAUAACACAUACACCCUUGUUGGUAAAAACUUCGAUGAAAUUGUCUUUGAUGACAAGAAGGAUGUAUUCAUUGAGUUCUACGCCUCUUGGUGCGGUCACUGCAAACGCCUCAAGCCUAUAUGGGAGAAUUUAGGCGAGAAAUACGCCGCUAUCAAGGAUCGGCUUCUCAUUGCCAAGAUGGAAGCACAAGAAAACGACUUGCCCCUUUCCGUUCCCUUCCGCAUUUCGGGUUUCCCUACAUUGAAAUUCAAGCCAGCUGGUUCCAAGGAAUUCAUUGAUUACGAGGGUGAUCGUUCAUAUGAAAGCCUAGUUGCCUUCGUGGAAGAACACGCUAAGAACUCGCUCGAGUUGCCAAAGGUCGCGGAGGCCGAGGAGGUUGUCCAAGUGCCUCUUGCAUCCGAUGCUUCGGACUCUAAGCAUGACGAGCUCUAA